UUUUACCAUUAUUCACUCCCUCAAAUUAAUCACUCCUGUCUGACUCGUUGGUAAACUGACUCGUUUGCCAAAUUUGUCCACAAAAAUGACGAAAUUUCGCACAUUAUUUUUCGCACUUGUUGCGUUCAUAGUUUCUGUGCAAUCUGCACCCAGGCAAGAUGAAAAAGUUCCCAUUACACUGGACGAUUUUUUGUUGGGAACACUAUCCGCGGGUGGAUUCGGAGGCUCAUGGGUGCCAGGAUCGGACGACACUCUUCGCGUAAUUGAGGGAAACAACAUUAUAGAUUACAACCUGGAAACCAAGGUGAACAACACGAUCGUAUCCAGCGAUGUGUUUGAACCCAAAUUUGGUAAUCAAGCCUUAGGAUUGUCCGUAUCGAAGGAUAACGCAUUCAUCUUAAUUGAGCACAGCAGACGACCCCUCUGGCGUCACUCCUAUCUCGCAAAGUACGACGUACUCGAGCUGGCCACUGGCGAGUUCACCGUAAUUGAACCGGCCGGGUUGGAAGGUGGUGACCAGGAGGAGUUACAGCUCGUCGUGUGGGACGCGAAUGGUCACUCUGUCGCCUUCGUGUACGGCAACAAUGUUCACUACAAGGCGGGCCAUGGGGCAGGCGAUGCGGCCGUGCAGAUCACGCAGGACGGAGGGGAUGCUAUCUUCAACGGUAUUUCUGACUGGGUGUAUGAAGAGGAAAUGUACGGAAGUCCGGUGGCCAUGUGGUUUUCGAAGGACAGUUCGAGCCUCGCCUUCGUCCGGUUUGACGACUCCGGGGUCGACUUUUUCCAGUGGCCGCUCUACGGAGAGCCCGGCGUGAGGGAGACCGUGUACCCGGUCUAUGAGCCUCUCCGAUACCCAAAGGCUGGACGUGAUAAUCCCAUUGUUUCUCUCCACAUCGUAAAAUUGGAUGAUCCCACUGCCAUCCGACAAAUCGUGUACCCUCCCGGACAAGAUGUGGCAUUGCAAUAUUACAUCGCCACCAUCACCUGGGCCACAGCGGACCAAGUGAUUAUCCAAAACCUCAACCGAAACCAAGAUAAAACGGUUUGGAACCUUUGUAGCGCGGCAAGUGGAACUUGUUCGGAGGUGCUUGAGAGGUGGGCGACAACUCCUGUCGGUUGGUGGGACCCGCAUCGGCCCCUCGUUUCUCGAGACGGAUCAAAAUUCCUCACCUUUGUAAACGCCCAACAAUCCACGGACCCUAAUCAGAGGUCCUACCGACACGUGCUCUCCAUCAAUUCGGUCCCGCCAAAUCCAGAAUUACAACCUCUGACGGAGGGUGCCUUCCAUGUGGAUGCCAUAUUGGGCUGGGAUGAGGCUAAUAACAAAUUAUACGUUUCCGGGACUGGAUUUCAUCCAGAAACGUCUCCGUUGGGAGAUCCUAGCGAACGUCAUGUCUACUCGAUUGCUACCACGGGACCAAACUCGCCCCCAGAAUGUAUCAGUUGUACCGUUCUGACCAGCACGAACGAAGAAUGUCGCUCCCAUUCGGUUUCAUUCAGCGCAAAUUUCAAAUUCUACAUGCACACCUGUCGAGGACCUGGUGUUCCCGAGGUCACUACAAGAUUCACUUCGAACAACUCAAUUGCUGUUGUUUGGAACGACAACGCCCCAGUUCGUGAACGUCUGGCAACCAAGCUCCUGCCAUCCUUGAGAGAAAUGGAGGUCGAACUUCCACUCAGUUACAAGGCUAAAGUCCGUCUCUAUCUCCCGCCAAAUUUCGAUGAAAGCAAACAAUACCCACUUCUCGUGGAAGUUUAUGCGGGCCCUGAUUCGCAGAAAAUCACGCAAGAUUACGGCGUCAAUUGGGGUUCAUAUUUGGCCAGUUCGAAAGGAGUAAUUUUCGCAAAUAUCGAUGGCCGCGGUUCUGCAAGACAGUCUGCAGAACAAAAGUUUGCUGUUUACAGGAAUUUAGGAUCUGUUGAAGUUGAGGAUCAAAUAUCGGUGACAAAGCACCUUAUCAACACCUUGAGUUUUAUUAACCCGAAUAAAACAGCCAUAUGGGGAUGGUCAUACGGCGGAUAUGCGACGGCAAUGGCGCUUGGAAAAGACAACGAGAACGUGUUCAAAUGUGGUAUUUCCGGCGCUCCAGUUUCCAGCUGGUUGUACUAUGAUACGAUUUACACCGAGCGAUACAUGGGACUUCCAACCGUUGAAGACAAUUGGGAGGGUUACAACCAAUCCUCCGUGAUGGCAAAUAUGGCAGGAAUUGUUAACAAAGAGUUUCUCUUGAUCCAUGGCAACGCAGAUGACAACGUUCACUACCAGAACUCCAUGAUGCUGGCGAGAGCCCUCGAGCAGGCUGAUAUCUUAUAUACUGCAUUGAGUUAUCCAGAAGAAAAUCACAGUUAACGGACCCGGCAUGCAACGCCAUCUUUACCACUCAUAUGAACAUUUCUUAACCCGGAACGCCUGCUUUGGACCACUUGGAAACCCAUGAAAUGCUUAAAUUUAUCAAUAUACUUAGCGGGUAGUGACUUUGAUUGAUAUAUGCUAACAGUAUGUAUGCUUAACCCCAACUAAAUGUCAUGCAAAUUUUUUGCUUCAGGGAUAAAUAAAAAGAACUAAAAGCAAUUUACAAAAUA